AUGAUCAAUGUUUUCAUCGAGGAAGACCCCUUGCCUCUCUUCAAACAUCAGAGGGAGUUACUAUGCACCAAUGAUGCACACUACAUGGGUGAUGUAUGUGGAGGACUAGGUCUUGGUUACAAAUUAGAUGCAUCUGACCAUCGCCAAUUGGAUUUACUCAUGGAGCAGGAUGAACCAAAUACAUCUUUACUUCCUGUUGAGCAAGUUGUUGAAGAGGAGGGUUCUUGUGUUUCCGAGACCCGUCCUGAACCUCGCAAGUUACCAUACCAUGUCGUGUUACAAGAACAUCUAGACACUUGGGCCCCUACCAUUUUUCUCCUAAUCCUCCUCGUAUCAGCCCUCGCGUCAUACCCUUACCCCGACCUUGCCCUUGUCAUCCUUGUCAUCCUUGCAUUCCCUUUCGCUCUCUACCUGUCGCUUCAGCAGAGCCAGUACAUCUGGCUGGAUCCUUUCACUGACGAAGCAUACCCAUGCUCCGUUCCACCACCUGACUGA